CAGAUACACCGUCGCCUUCACUGGUAAAAUAAAAUUUACGCAAGUUCGGAGGCUUAUCCAUACAUAGAUAUACAUAAAUAUAUAUACAUAUGUAUGUACAUAUUUUGUAAAUAGAAUUUAUUAGUGAGUGUAGAGAGCCGCGCAACGAUUACAUAUACAUACAUACGUAUACAACAGUAUCCACCCACCCACCUGCUCAUAUCGCCUGUUCUUUUUUCCAAGCAAACGCAGUUCCUUUGGAGUAACGAAAGCGAAACUCAUUUAUGUAACUGAAAAUAAACAAAUCCAAAAAAAUACAGAAUUUUCCACAUUUUAAGUGCGGACGGUAGUCGGAAAAAAAGAAGUGAAAUAAAUUAUAAAAAAAAAAAUAAAAAGCAUUAACAGAAAAAAGUGUAUCUUCUAAAAGUUAGCUUUAACGAAACAAAUUGUGGAAGUGAAAUACGCGCCCGCAACAGCAAAUAUUUAUCUAAUACCCUUUCCAACUAAGAGCCGACAACCGGAGAGUAUUUUUUGUUGUUGUUUUGUUAUUCGAAGUGAAACAUCCGGCGUGGCAUCUUGACUGUGAGGUAGAAGAAAGAAUAAGAAGAGGAAAGAGAAAAAUAAUAACAAAAACGUGUAUUAUUCUUACUUUCGUUUAAAGACAGUUUCGAAAGCCGGCGAUAUGAGCCAGAACACGGACACGUCAUUCAUACCGGAUCUUCCAAAAGGACCGCUGUGCGCAUACCGCAGGAGGGCCAAGUUCGACUGGAAACAACUUAAAGUGAUAUUCGAAAGAGAACAGGACUUGCGGAUAAAGUAUAAAGUGUGGAAGAUCUUGGAAAAUGAUCCACUGUUUUCCAAACAAGAAACCACAAUGUCAUCCGAUGAGCAGAAACAUCUCUGCGCCAUGCAAGUUAACCGGAUGCCACAUCUCGAUCUCAUUCCAAAAGAGAUCGAACAAAAGAGUUUCGGCGAGAAAACUAAAUAUUUAAUGAGCAUAAAUGAGGCUUUACAUACAUAUUGUCCGAGUUUGUCGGUGAAAAUCGCAUUGGGCGUGGGCCUCUUCAACAAUGCCAUACGCGCUAUGGGCACCGAAAGACAUAUGAAAUAUUACGAUGCAGCUUGGAACCGCGAACUAAUUACUUGCUUAGCCAUUACUGAGCUAUCGCACGGCAGUAAUACGAAAAGUAUACGCACAACGGCUACAUAUGAUCCGAAAACACAGGAGUUUAUCAUUAAUACACCGGACUUUGAGGCGGCAAAAUGUUGGAUUGGUAAUUUGGGUAAAACAGCCACAAUCGCUAUGACGUUUGCCAAUUUAUACACGGCAGAUGGCGAAAAUCAUGGGCUGCACGGUUUUCUGAUACCCAUACGUGAUCCUAAAACAUUACAAGCAUAUCCAGGCGUGUUGGUUGGUGAUAUGGGUGAAAAGAUCGGUUUGAAUGGCAUAGAUAACGGUUUUGUCAUGUUUUCGAAUUAUCGCAUUCCACGUGAGAAUUUGCUAAAUCGCACUGGUGAUGUAACGCCCGAAGGUGCGUAUGAAAGUGUUUUUUCCGAGCCCGGCAAAGUUCUGGGCGCUGCUUUAGAGUCCUUUUCUGCCGGUCGUAUUGGCAUUAUGCAAGAAUCUGUGAAUACUCUUGCGAGUGCUGCCGUAAUUGCAGUACGUUAUGCAGCACUACGCACACAAUUUGGUCCCGAGAAAAAAGGUCCCGAAGUCCCAAUAAUUGAAUACCAAUUACAGCAAUGGCGUAUCUUCCCCUAUGUAGCGGCUGCGGGAGUGCUAAAAGUUGCAGUGGCGGAAUUAACGGACAUUUACCUAGGGAUAAUUGAAAAGUCACAAAAGGACUCCAAUGGAUUCGAGUUAUUGACUCAAAUUGUUUCGGAAAUCCAUGCAGUUAUAUCUUCCUCGAAACCACUGAUUACAUGGACAGCUAGAGAUGCCAUACAAGAAGCGCGAGAGGCUUGCGGAGGUCAUGGUUACUUGAAAGCCUCUAAACUUGGUGAUCUACGCAACGACCACGAUCCGAGUUUGACAUACGAAGGUGACAACAACGUGCUCGGUCAACAAGCCUCCAACUGGCUUCUACGCCAGUGGAAUGGCACAGUAGAGAGCCCAGUGGGUACUGCAAAUUUUCUGAAAAAUCGUGCAGACAUUCUGCAGCAUACAUACGAGAGGGUCCUGCGUGAGUCGCCAAUUGAAUCUAUGGAUUUCGUACUGAAAUGCUAUGAAUGGAUGUUGUGCUAUCUUUUGAAUAAAACCUCAAAUCGUGUGGCGGAGGAUAGAAAAACCGGCGUACAUCCAUUUGAUGCACGUAAUAAUUCGCAGGUGUAUGGUGCGCGUGAUUUGUCAUUGGCUUAUGCAGAAUACUUUGCUUUAAGUCAUUUCCGUGAACGUUUCCGUCGUUUAACGGUGAACAGUGAGCUGUCACAGGUGCUGGAACUGUUGUUCACAAUCUAUUCAAUGUGGUGUAUCGACCGCCACAUGACCACAUUCUAUGUUGGUGGCUUUGCGAAGUCGGCUUCGUUUGCGGAAGCGAUACGAUCUCGUUUGCUAACGAAAUGCGCUGAACUGAAGGAUUCGGCAGUGUCGGUAGCGGAUGCUUUGGCACCACCAGAUUUCGCACUCAACUCGGUUAUCGCCAAAUCCGAUGGGCUUUUGUAUGAGAAUUUACAGAGAGAAUUUAUGACCAAUAAGGGCGCCUUUGAACGGGCUUCAUGGUGGAAAGACAUUAUAAUUCCUCAAGCAAAAUCAAAGCUUUAAAAUAUAUUCCGAACAAGUAUGAGCAAAAAAUAUAUUGCAUUUUCCUAGUUUAGUGGAUUUUUAUGAAAUGUAUUGUAUUUAAAUGAUAGUGAUAGUGAUGAAUAUGGUAAACUAUAUAUGAUAUUUUUGUGGCUUCAAAUGUUUACAUACAUACCUAAGCUGUUUGAUGUAAAAAUGUAAUAAGUUAA